AUGAAUUCAUCAUGCAAUGAUAAUAUCAACACGGUAAACCUUUUCAACAGUAAACUACGAAACCCUUUGACUUUGAAUGAAGGCAUAAAAAAUACUAAUUCACAAGCUUAUCUGUCAUACAACCCAAUUGAAUCUAAAUUUCUUCAUAACACAGACUAUUUAGAAAAGAAUCCUCAAUUAGAUAACCAUCGACCAAAAGAAAUAAACGCUGUUCCAAUUCAAAGACAACAUUUUGAACCACAUUCAGCAACUAAUGAGUCCAACAAUGCGGAUUUAAGCUCUCAAUGGAUUCAAGAAUUUUCUAAUAUAAAAGUUAAAGAUCCAUUAGAGUUUGAUGACUCUUACAAGAAGCUUUAUGCUCAAUAUGAGAAUUCUCAGAGAAGUUCCAACACAAUGGUACUACAAAACAAAAAGGAUUGUCAAUUAUACCGGAACAUAAAUAAGCAAAAUUUUCACCAUCAUAUGGUUUCAAAAUUAGGCUAUUCUAAUACUAAUAGUCAAUUAGACCAGCAAUUUAAUAACCAGUUUAAAUUAGUAGAAUCACAAUUAGCUAAUGAUUUAAAAUUAAAUUCUUCCUCAAGAAUUGAUAAAAAACCAGAACUAAGUGCUAGUGAUAAAGAAUUUCAACAAAUUGCAACUGAAAUUACAGGUUCGCUUAUGAAUUAUACUGAAGAAGAUAUUUCCUUUGAAACAAAAAAAAUUAGAGAAUUCAAAAUUUAUGUCUUUAAUGCAAAGUAUAAGCGAUGGAACAGUUGUAUUUCCAUCAACUGA